UGGGGAUAAUCAUGAACGACUGCCAUUUGAACACUAUCCAUUUGAACACUGCAUAGCUGUUUUUUAUUUCAUUCUCAACUUUUUGCAGCUUGCUUGGGUUACAAAAACCGGAGACUCUGAGGUGGAAAUCCCUUUUACAAUUCGUCCCACCAGUGAAACAGUUAUGUAUCCUUACUUCUCUAAGUGGAUUAGAGGUCACCGUGAUUUGCCUUUGAGACUGAAUCAAUGGUGCAAUGUUGUGCGGUGGCAGUCCAGCCAUCCCACUCCUUUCAUAAGGAGUCAUGAAUAUCUAUGGCAAGAAGGGCAUACAGCAUUUGCAACAAAGGAGGAAGCAGAGGAUGAGGUUCUUGAUAUUUCUGAGCUGUAUAGAAGUAUAUACGAAGAGUAUUUAGCAGUUCCAGUCACCACGGGACGGAAAAGUGAGAUCGAGAAGUUUGCUGGUGCACUUUAUACAACAACCGUUGAGGCUUUUAUUCCGAACAUUGGGCAUGGUAUACAAGGUGCAGCUGCACACUGCUUAGGGAACAAUUUUGCGGAAGCAUUUGAGAUAAAUUUUGAGAAUAUGAAAGGAAAAACGGAAAAGGUUUGGCAGAACUCAUGGGCAUUUAGUACCAGAGCGAUUGGAGUGAUGAUCAUGGUUCAUGGGGAUGAUAAAGGGUUGGUUUUUCCACCAAAAGUUGCACCAAUCCAAGUGGUUGUUAUCCCUAUGUCUUACAGUGAGGAUGCUGACGCCAAAGUGAUUUUUGAAGCAUGUGCUGCCACUGUUAAGAACUUGGUGGAAGCUUGCAUUCGUGUGGAGGCAGACAUCAGAGAACACUAUUCAUCUGACUGGAAAUGUUCUAACUGGGAACUGAAGGGGGUUCCUCUUAGGAUUGAAAUACAUCCCAAAGACCUUGCCAAUGACCAGGUAAGAGUUGUGAGGCGUGACAGUGGUGCUAAAACUGAUAUUCCACUGGCUAACAUAGUUGAUCAUGUAAAAGAUGUGCUUGCUGAUAUUCAACAAAAUCUUUUUGACGUUGCAAAACAAAAGCGAGAUGACUGUGUCGAGAUUGCUGAGACCUGGGAUGAGUUUGUGAAUGCUCUGAACAGAAAGAAGGUUGUAUUAGCUCCAUGGUGUGAUGAAGAGGCUGUUGAGAAAGAUGUGAAAGCAAGAACAGUAGAGAAUAUGAGCUCGAUAAAAACCAUUUGUUCCCCACUGGAGCAGCCUGAGCUAACUAAAGGCGUGAAAUUUGAUUCGGUUCUAGUGAAAAACGUAGUUGUUAAAUUUGGUUCAGUUUUAGCCUUCUUCGUGACGGAGGCCUAUUGAUGCAGGCAAGCAAAUCAUUCUUUUACACUUGAAUGGAAACUGUCACAUUAUUUACGCAGAGGAGAAGGCAGCCGGGACCCGUAUUCUCAUUGAUGGCAGGACUUGCUUACUUCAGGUGCUCUGGAGUUUUAUUUACCCACUUCGAAUGGUUUUUUAUCGUCAAAUUUUUGUCCUCAUAUCGUUUUGGCGAUCAAAACUGUAACAUUUCAGUCUCGAAACUCUAUAGUUCAUGUGAUUUAGUUCAUUCCGUUGAGUUUUUGAUACAUUUUACUGUUCAAUUCCACAUGGGUUGCUAUUAGCCACAUGGUAUCACACAUUUGACUUUGUAUUAUUGAAAUGUAUUUGUUUUUUUUAAUGAAAUGUAUUUAAAUUUACUAAUUAUUUACUAGUACA